AUGCGUGGACUUACUGGUUAUCACAUCAUGAUAGUCUCGAAGUACUUCGACAUUGACAGAGAUUUUAUUAACUUGGAGUUGGUAUGCAAGAAGUUUAAUGGUAAUAUGGAAAAGUUCCACUUCAACCCAAUUCCAUUGAAUUCCAAAACACUUGGAUACUUCCCAAACAUCGAGACACUUCAUUUGUGGAAUAGAAAAGCAGAGAAUUUCGGCAAUGGAUUUAUGAUGAACACAAAAGAAAAAGUAGAGUGUGAAAAUAAAGGUGUUUUGAAGAGAGAAUUUUUUCGAAUCAUUGUGUGGUUCAAUGUUGACUUUGAAACUGUUGACAGAAACAAAAGUCGAAACAUCGAGUUUAAAAAUGUUACUUACACUCAAAAUGAUAGAAAGAAAUUUGGUAAAAACAUACCACCAACCGUGACAUCAAUUGACAAUUAUUGUUUCAGUGAAUGCAGAAAUUUGAGCAGUAUUACAAUACCAUCAAGUGUGACAUCCAUUAGUGGUUAUUGUUUCUGGGGAUGCAGUAGUUUAAUUAGUGUUAACAUACCAUCAAGUGUGAAAUCAAUUGGUCAAGGUUGUUUCGAUUAUUGCGGUAGUUUAAGCAGUGUUACAAUACCAUCAAGUGUGACAUCAAUUGGUUUAUGGUGUUUCCCAUCAAAUACAGUAGUUCAUGGAAAUUAA